UGCAGGGUGGAGAGGGGCCUUCCUGGGCUCUGUGGGGCAGCGCUCCCCACGGGGAAGUGUGGGAGGCCCUGCUGUCUGAAGGGCUGGCUGCCUCUGAGAAUUGACUUUCGCAUGUGAGUCUCUAUGGUCUGCCUUGGAAGUCGUUUUCCUACCUUCUCUGGGUCAGGCACCAGGCCCAAGGUCAGUGUCCAGGACAAAGAAGUGGUGUCCUUUGGAGCAUUUUUCUUGGUGUAGUGCCCCGGGAGUGAGAAAGGCCACAGCUGUUUGACAGCUUGAAGCGCUUCACCAAAGGGCGCCACUUUACAUUUACAUGCUUUUCUGGUUGCUGCUGCUUGGAAUUGGAGGGGAAAUUGCCUCUGGGGGAGCUGUCCCGAUGGCAGCCUUGCUCCCUAAAUCUAACAGUAUGUGCUGACCCCUCCCCCAGUGGUAGGGGGAGCUAAUGGCCCCAGGUUUCAAUGGGAGAUUCCCUUCCAGUAAGUCCUGUGUCUCGGCUUUCUAGAGUAGCUGUUCUCAUCCUGCUUUUAGAAGCACCUGAUUCCCAGGUAGCUUCAUAGCCUCACAUUUAUCUGGGGCUUCUUCCUGUGUCCCCCUUCACGGGGGUUGUUAAUAUGCUUCAUUCUUUCUAGCAGCUACUCCCUAGGCCUCUCUCUUUCUCCUCCAAACCGUCUGAAUGGUCAACACCUUCUUGGGCCUCUGGGUUCUUGGACAUUCUGGUUAUCUGGACACCUGCCGCCAUAGCCCCGCAUGGCGGUUUGUAUCUUUUUAAGGCACGUUCCCACACCUCGGCUCAGAGCUUUGGUGCCACCUGCCUUGGUAGUGGUUCCUCCAGGCCUGGCUCAGGUGCGUCCUCCUCCAUAAAACCAUUGCCAAUUCCUUUAGUCUGUCCUUGGCCUGCCUUCCAGCCUGGCCACUCGCUGCCAGCUGCCCAGGACCUUGGGUGGUCCAGGUCCUUGAGGGACUCGACUUCCCCACGAUGCUGCCUUUGCAUCAGAUGUCCUCAGAGGUCUCGUCACCUGGCAAAAGCUUAGUCAUCAUUCGAGACUCAGCUAAAAUGUCUCCACCUCCUUUAAAUCCGCCCUGUCCUCCCAGGUGAUACCAGCUACUCUAACAGUUUAUGUAGUCGUACUUUUGCACCAGCAUGUAAGGCACUGCUUUGUGGGUAAUCUAUUACAGGGCUGGUUUCUCCUCAAGAAUUCAGUUCUUCGAUGACAGGGGCAACGUCUUACUUUUUUCAGCCUCCCUAGUCAUACUCAGAAGUGAUGCCCCAGACUGAAGGCAGUCUGGAACCCCCAAACUGCUCACAACACCACUCUCUACCUCCAUUUGUUAUCAGUGCACUUCUUUUGUUUCUCUUGAUGGGAGAUCACCUCUGGGCAGGGUUCCAUGUGUGAUUUAUUUUUGUAUCUCCCACAAGGCUGCCCCAGUGUCUUCGUGCAAAGUGAGUGCUUAACAAUACCUGCCCAGUGAAUUCUGGAGCUCUCAACUCAGGUAGGAAGAGCAGUAGUGUUAUCCCCAAAGACGGCAGACACGUGGCACAAAUCGCUGCCUUGCUCCUUCUAGCCUGCUAGGUAGGAGCACAGCUAGGACUGCUUUCCAGUGGUGCUGCGUGAGUCCCUGGGCUCACUCACACACAGUCUGCUGCUCCACCCUAUUUGAUGUCCCUUGGGACUUAGAAAAUGGGUGAACCCCAGGGCUUUUCCCCAGUACCUUGUGUCUUGGUCUUAUGUCUUGUCUCUCUGCAUGUCCACCCUGAAGCUGGAUUUUUGUCUUUUCUUUAAAACCCACAGACCAGUGUCAAGGAUGGUUUGUAUUGUUCACUUACUUGUGAUUUUGCUACCUGACAUUACCUUAAAUUCUUUUCCUGCUCAGGCCUGUAGUUGCCCAUGGCCCUGCUCCUGUCCCGCUCCUGGCAGGACCUGCUCUCUCUCCCGGUGGAACCCCGAGGAUUGUGUCUUGCCUGCUACAGCAAAGGACUCUGAAUUAUUUCUACUUCAUCUUCUGGUUUGGCCUUCUGUUGGGCAUGGAUGUUAGACUGUUUUUUCUUUUCAGCUGAAUUGCUUUAUAUUUGCCUUUAUAUGAGCUUGGUCCAAACCGAUGUUGAGAUCAUAGAUGGUGGAUGGUUGGGAUCAUGGAUGGUGGAUGGUUGGGAACAUGGAUGGUGGAUGGUUGGGAUCAUGGAUGGUGGAUGGUUGGGAACAUGGAUGGUGGAUGGUUGGGAACAUGGAUGGUGGAUGGUUGGGAACAUGGAUGGUGGAUGGUUGGGAUCAUGGAUGGUGGAUGGUUGGUGGGGAGCACUAGGUUAUGCUUUUAACCUAAUUUAACAAAUAUCUUUAUUAAUUGAGAUGAGGUUCAACAUUUUAGGCACAAAUCAGAAAAUCUUUUGUCCUGGUUGCUUGUGGAAGAAAUAAUAAUUUUUCCACCAUCAUCAUCAUUGCUGCCAUUUAUGGUGGUCCUACUGUGUCUCAGCUGUGUACAAAUAGCUUUACUGUUAUCAUCUUGAUCUUGGAGAUCAGUGAGGCUGGUAUUACUGCUAGGCUCAUUUUAUAGAUGAGGAACUUGAAGGUAGGCAGGGUCAAGUGACUCAUACUCUGGCCAGGUAGCUCGGUUGGUCAGAAAAUGUUUCUGAUUUUCAAGUGGCAAUAGGAAAAAGUGAUUGCAGCUUUAAAAUGUUAUCUGACUAGCCCUGGUGGGUUCACUUUCCGGUCAGGGCACCUACGAGAAGCAACCAAUGAGUGCAGAAAUAAGUGGGACAACAAAUCAAUAUCUCCCCCCCCCCCCCAAAAUCAAUCGCUAAAAAUUAAGCCCUGGCUGGUGUGGUUCAAUGGAUUGAGCACAGAUCCUGUGAACCGAAGGGUCACCAGUUUAAUUCCUGGUCAAAGCACAUGCCCGGGUCGCGGUCCAGGUCCGUUGGUUGGGUGUAUGUGAGAGGCAGCCAACCGAUAGAUGUUUCUCUCCUUCUUGGUCUCCCUCUCUUCCCAUCUCUCUAAAUAAAUAAAACCUUUCUCAGAAAUUAGAAAAAUAUUUUUAAAAAUCAAGUGAGUCUUGCCCAAGGCCACACACAGCCGGUAAAGUGGAGGAGCUGGGUUUCGAGCCAGGUCUGCUUGACUCCAGACCCUGUGGGUCCCUGCAGUGCACUCAUUCGUCCAGCUGCGUGGCCCCCUGCACACCCCUGCUGUGUAUGCAUCCUCUCUUCCUCUGCCGAGAACUCCGGGGGACCUAAUGCGGCCCCUCUGUUCCCACUUGUUUCCCACCGAGAUGCUCCAGUGCCUUUGAACCUGAUGAAGUAGUGAAUGCUGCAGCUCCUGAAGGUGUGGCUUCUGUUUGCUCUGUACCCCCCCCCCCCCCAGCCUAGAGGCCUCAGGUCAGGCAGCCCCUGCCGUGGGGGUGAGGGGUGGGGGUGAGGGGCUACGGAGAUGGCUCACUGGCAGGGCUGGGUCCCUGAAUAUUGCCGAUCGGGAGCAGUGGUCCCGUGAGCCUUUGGGACCUGGAGAUGAGAGGGGUGGGCCCUCUGGGAGCACUGGCUCUGUCUAUGACUUCCAGCACUGAUUUUGGCUACUCCGUCUUUGGGGACAUCGUGUCAUUUCCCUGCUUAAUGACAAGUAGUGCUGGGGACCAAGUUGAUGUACCCUGGCUGUGAGCUGUAGCCAUUUCUAAUCAUCAGUAAUUGCUCUCGUUUGCCUUUAGUACGUGUCUAUGCGAACGUCUGGCUGGACUGCUUUUCCGGCAUAUUUGUAGAGGGACGUUAUUGCAGUUCCUUCUCCAAACUCCGAAGUAGUCCCUUGGCCACUUUCCUCCCCCCUCCCAGUUUUUUGUGGCCGGUCACUUAAUAUAUAAUAUAUGGCAUAGCAGGGCAGCUGGGCUUGUGCUCUAGGCCUUCGGGGCCCAGUAGGACCGGACCGGUGGGGUGAACAAGCAGUCACCACUCCUGGGUGCCUCUUGGCUGACUGGAAACUUGCUGGUAAGUGACCGAUGUGGAAACCCAUUAGUCUAGGAGGAAAUGGCUCAGGCCUUGACUUUGACCACUGUUUAUCUUUCAUCUAAGGGAGUGGCAAGCCGCUCCAGACACAGUCCUGCAGCCCUUCCAGCAGGUAUGUAUUGAGCACCUAGAGUGUGCUUUGCCUAGUGGGGGUGAAGGAAGAAGACGAGAAGGAAGACCCAGCCCACUGGGUUUUACUCUUUAGUCCAGAAGAAAAGCUUGCAUGUACGAAACCCCAAGGACCAGUGUUUUAAACAAUACUCAGGGCCAUUAGAAUUUAAAGUAGUACUUAGUGACGGUGUCCUAUGGCUGUUGUAACGAACUUCACAAACCCAGUGGCUGAAGACAUUUAUUAUGUUCCAGCAAGGCGGGCAGAAGGUAGCCUGGGUCCCCAGGCUGUGUUUCUUCUGGAGGCUCUGGGGGACAGUUUGUUUCCUCAUCCUUUCCAGCUUCCGGAGGCUGCCCUUGUCCUCUGACUUGUAGUCCCUCCCUCCCUGUGCAAGGCCAGCAGUGUAGCGUCUUUAUCUAUUUCUCUCUGUCCCUCUGCUUUGUUGUCACAUCAACUGUGGAGUCCUGCUGCCUCCCUCUUACAGGACCCUUUCAGUUACAUCACCCCCCACCCCCAUAACCUAGGGUAACCUUCCCAUCUCAGGAUCCUUAGCUUAAGCAGUCUCUCUUGCCAUGUAAGGUAACACCCACAGGUUCCUUAAAUCUAGGGACUAAGAUGUUAUAUUCUUGGGGGGGUGGGUUGGCAUUAUUCAGUCUACAAUAGGAUGUGUGUUGGGGGGAUUGGAAAUGGUUGAGAAGGUCUUUCUGAAAGAGGUGGUUUGAUCAAAUUUGUGUAGGGAAAGAGGGCCUGGGACUUAGUCCAGGUUUGAGGGAUGGCAUGAGCCAUGAGCAAAUACUGGGGCUGUGCGCUGGUGGAGCCGUAAGGUGCGGGCCAGUGAUCUUCCCGUGGAAACAGGAUGCCAGGGCCUUUCCUUCCCUUCCAAGGCCCAGCCAAGGGGGGUUUCUAGACUUCAGUCUUUAGGCCCAGAAUUCACAUGAGAGGGCUUCAAUGCAGUUAUCAUCCUUUCCCUUCCCUGCAGCUGCAGUCCUGCUUGGGAGACCCAGCCACGCUUGGUGGCCCCCUGCAGUUCUUGGGCAGUGGGAAACUCACAAAUUCACGAGGGAAAAUGAACUCGAGCCAACUGGCCAGGGUUUGGGCGGCCCAGAAACUCUGGUCACACUGUUUGCACAGCCUCUGACAGUUACCAUACUCACAUUCACUCCCCGGGGAGCCUUCCCUUGUCUUUGUCUGUUCCUGGGGUGCUCAGGGCCCCUGAGUCUCUGGGGAGGGAGAGGAGGGGCCAGAGAGGGAACAGCUUGUGAAAGGGGCAGAGAGCCAGGCCCUCUCCAGGAUUCUCCUGGGGAAAGCCUGGGGUUGCAGUGAAAGGUGGCCGCCUGCUGGUGUGACCUCAGCUCUGCCCACUCUCUGCUGGCUGAGGGGCCUGUGGAGAGAAGCGCCUGACCCCAUGGGGGGUGGGUGCGUGGGAACCGGCAGGCGAGGGUGGGCUUCUGGGCGCAGAGUUGGGGAGCAGCAUGGUGUGUGGCUGUGCUGAACUGCAGGCGAGAGCGCAGCUGAGAUCUCUGUGGAGGUUCCCGUUGUUUCUGCCCUGGAAAAGCUGAAAACGUUGUUUGGAAAAGUUGUGCCUUUUCUCUAUUGCUCCCUUCUGGUACCUUCUCUGACGAGAUUCUGAUGGUGGAGUUAGGGGGUGGUCCUGGCGAAGGUCAGAGGCUGUCCGGGGACCCCGUAGAAUGUAGUUGAAAGACCCAAGGAGGCAGGCUGCAGUCCCUGAGGAAGGACGUGGCCCGGGUGCAGGUACCGGGUGAACUUCCUUUCCCCUACGUGGCCCGUGCGCUUUGGAGAGGUUGCCUUCGGGGGACACCCCCUCGCUUCUUUCCCGUCUGCCUCUAGAGCAGGUGUGGCGCGUCAGGCUUCCACUUGGGUGUGGGGCGAGAGGAUGACAUCAGCCUCCUCCGCACCUGGACCCAGCCGCCCUGAACUGAACUGUUUUCUGGAAAGCCUCCAGAGCACCGGCCGGCACAGAGGGCUCACCAGCAAGUGCCCCUUCCCUCUCCUGCCUUCUCAGCCCACUGGUGGAGGAGGGCGGGCCAGCAGGGAGUGUCGCUGAGUCCUGGGGAUUCCUCGGGACCAGAGAAGCAGAGGUCCUUUAGGAGGGGCCUCGGUGGCUGAGCCUUUCUUGUCUCCAGAUGGGGCCCACACCUUGCUGCCAGCCUGGAACAGUGGCAGUGGAGCUGUUGGAGUCAGGAGGGACUGUUUGGGCCUCCUCGGAGAUGCUCGUGGGGCCUGAGGGAAGGGACUUCAUGGGGGUUCAGAGUUGCAGUUUUUAAAAUUGUGAAUCUCCCCGGAGUGCCCGUGCUGGGCAGCGAUGCCAGGAUGCCCGUCUCUGCCUCCCUCCACCCGGACAGCAGGCAGGAGCGGCCGGCAAGCCUGACCUCCACCACGUCCUCAUCCGGCUCCUCCCGUGACAGUCGAGGCACCAUGGAGGAGCCCAGUGGCCCCGAGGCCUCAGCCAAGAACGGGGCAGGCUCCCCACGUGGCCGGCACCCGCGCAACAACAGCAGCAACUCCAGCAGCUGGCUGAACAAGAAGGGGCCGCUGUCCCCAUUCAGCGGCCGGGCAGCUGCGGCGCCUGCGCACAAGCUCAGCUACCUGAGCCGCGUGGUGCGGGAAAUUGUGGAAACCGAGCGCAUGUACGUGCAGGACCUGCGCAGCAUAGUGGAGGACUACCUGCUGAAGAUCAUUGACACACCUGGGCUGCUGCAGCCAGAACAAGUUAGUGCCCUCUUUGGGAACAUAGAAAGCAUCUACGCACUGAACAGUCAGCUACUCAGAGACCUGGACAACUGCAAUGGUGACCCCGUGGCUGUGGCCAGCUGCUUUGUGGAAAGGAGCCAAGAGUUUGAUAUCUACACCCAGUAUUGCAACAACUACCCCAACUCAGUGGCCGCCCUGAUGGAGUGCAUGAGGGACAAGCAGCAGGCCAAGUUCUUCCAGGACCAGCAGGAGCUGCUGCAGCACUCACUGCCCUUGGGCUCCUACCUGCUGAAGCCAGUCCAGCGCAUCCUCAAGUACCACCUGCUGCUCCAGGAAAUUGCCAAACAUUUUGAUGAAGAAGAGGAAGGCUUCGAGGUGGUGGAGGAUGCCAUUGACACCAUGACCUGCGUGGCCUGGUACAUCAACGACAUGAAGAGGAGGCAUGAGCACGCAGUCCGGCUCCAGGAGAUUCAGUCGCUGCUCAUCAACUGGAAGGGGCCGGACCUGACCAUCUACGGGGAGCUCGUCCUGGAGGGCACGUUCCGCCUGCACCGGGUGCGGAGCGAGAAGACCUUCUUCCUCUUUGACAAGGCACUGCUUGUCACCAAGAAGCGGGGCGAUCACUUUGUCUACAAGGGGCACAUCCCGUGCUCCUCCCUGAUGCUGAUUGAAAGCACCAGAGACUCCCUGUGCUUCACCGUCACUCACUACAAGCACAGCAAGCAGCAGUACAGCAUCCAGGCCAAAACAGUGGAGGAGAAACGGACCUGGACUCACCACAUCAAGAGGCUUAUCCUGGAGAACCACCAUACCACCAUCCCCCAGAAGGCCAAGGAAGCCAUCUUGGAAAUGGAUUCCUAUUAUCCCAAUCAGUACCGCUACAGCCCAGAGCGCCUGAAGAAGGCUUGGUCCUCCCAGGACGAGGUGUCCACCCACGAGGGGCGCCGCCAGGGCCGCCGGCAGUCUGAGCCAACCAGACACCUGCUCAGGCAGCUCAGUGAGAAAGCAGCCAGAGCAGUGGGAAUGAAGCAUGCAGGCAGUGCUGGUGCUCUCCUGGACUUUGGGCAGCCAUCCCGUACUCGGGGCCUGCAGCCGGAGGCUGAAGGGGGUGCCCGGGAAGAGCAGGAGGAGGACGAGGAGGAGGAGGAGGAAGUGGUGGUGGAGGACGAGGAGGAGGAACAGGCCUUUCAGGUCUCUCUGGAGGACCUGGCAGGGCAUGAAGGCAGCAAGAAGGGGUCUGGGCCGGAGCCCCCAGGCUCAGAGGAAGAGGAGGAGGAGGAGAGCCUGGCAGUGGCGGAGCAGGUAGCUGACUUUGCCAGCUCCCUGCUGGCCGCCCUCCACUGCUGGCACUAUCGGGCCAACGCUUUACUUUUCUCCCGGGGUGCUAUGGGGAAGGGGCACGGGGAGUCUGAAGGCCCCGAGAGCUGCAGGAGGCCCAGCAGCCGGUCUGCCAACAGUGUUGAGAAGCGCAUGAGCUUUGAGUCUGUUUCUUCUCUGCCUGAGGCUGAGCCAGACCCUGAGCCUGGAUCAGAGGCGGAGGUGUUUGCUGCCGUGGAAGGUCCCAGCUCGGAGGAGAUGCCCUCAGACACAGAGUCUCCAGAAGUCCUGGGAACACAGCUUGAUGCCCAUCGGGAGCUGCUGGGGCUGGACCACCGAAGUGACAUGGUGGACUUUGUGGUGGCCAAGAGCACUGAAAACAUGAAGGCCUUGAGCAGUGAGGAGGAGGUGGAGGACGACGAGGAGGAGGAGGAGGAGGAAAUGGGGACCGCCCAGGAGCCCGAGAGCCUCCUGCCGCCCUCUGUGUUGGACCAGGCCAGUGUGAUUGCUGAGCGGUUUGUCAGCAGCUUCUCUCGGCGGAGCAGCCUGGCACUGGAGGACAGCAAGGCCGCUGGCUUCGGGACCCCGAGGCUGCCCAGCCGGAGCAGCAGUGUGCUCAGCCUGGAGGGCAGCGAGAAGGGCCUGGCCCGGUGCGACGGCACCACGGACUCCCUCAGCUCUCAGCUCCCCUUAGCAGCCGACCUCGGUGUGAGCGUGGCCACGGAGAGUGGCCCUUCUGUCAAUGGGACAGAGCCCCCAAGCCCAGGCUGCUCAGCAGAGACCAGUAGGUCUUCUUCCUGCAAGAAGAAGGAAUCGAUGCUCUCCACACGAGACCGGCUGUUGCUGGACAAAAUCAAGAGCUACUAUGAAAACGCAGAGCACCAUGAUGCUGGCUUUAGUGUCCGGCGCAGGGAGAGCCUCUCCUAUAUCCCCAAAGGCCUGGUGAGGAACUCAGUCUUCAGGAUCAACAACCUUCCCAGGCAGGACCCGGAGCCAGUGGCCCCGCUGGGGCACAAGAGACAGGUGGGCUCCAGGCCAGCUUCAUGGACCCUGUUUGACCGACCAGGCCAGGUAGGGGCAGGUUCUGGUGACCCAGCUCCUAUCACAGAUGCUGAGUUCCGUCCAUCUUCAGAAAUUGUGAAAAUCUGGGAAGGUAUGGAAUCUUCUUCAGGGAGUCCUCAGAAGGGGCCAGGCCAAGGUCAGGCCAAUGGCUUUGACUUGCAUGAGCCGCUUUUCAUCCUGGAGGAGCACGAGCUAGGAGCUAUCACUGAAGAGUCAGCCACUGCCUCACCAGAGAGCACCUCCCCCACCCAGCGGCCCAGCCCAGCCCACCUGGCCCGCGAGCUGAAGGAGCUGGUGAAGGAGCUGAGCAGUGGGUCCCAGGGGGAUCUGGUGGCCCCGCUGCACCCCUGCAUAGUGCAGCUCUCCCGCGUGAUGGACAGCCACGUGAGUGAGCGAGUCAAGAACAAGGUCUACCAGCUGGCCCGCCAGUACAGCCUUCGGAUCAAGAGCAAGGCAGGGACAGCCAGACCACCACUGCCAUGGGAAAAUGCAGCUGCCGCUGUUGCCCACCUGCCAGAGGAGGAGGCUGGAUCACCAUCCGGUGGCAAAGGUAAGAGAAAGCCAGUGCUGUCCCUCUUCAACCACGAGGAGGUGCUGGCCCAGGAGCACAGCCUGCCCAAGCCCUGUUUGGCUGGGGAGACAUCACCGCGGCGUUUCUCCAUCCCUUCUGCUGCCAACUCAAGGACCACCUCACCAGGGGCCCGGCCUGCCACUCGAAGCCCUCUCAGCCCAUUUGACACUGAGACCUUCAACUGGCCUGACGUCCGAGAGCUCUGUUCCAAGUACGCCUCCAAUGAUGAGGCCGUCCAGGCCGAGGGAAGCCGGUCCCGAGGCCCACCCGUCAGCCGGAGCCGCUCAGUGCCAGAGAGCAUGGUCGAGCCGCCUCGGUCAGGCAGGGUGGGCCGCUGCUGCAGCCUGAGUGCCAAGAGGCGCCAGGGCGGCCCAGAGGCUGCCCAGUCUCGGUCUCCUGGGGUGUUGCCCCAAAGUGGGCUGGACACAGAGGAGGCCCUAUAUGUCACUGCAGACCUCACCCUGGAGAACAACCGGCGGGUGAUUGUCAUGGAGAAGGGGCCCCUGCCUGGCCCUGCGGUGGGGCUGGAGGAGGGCAGAGGCCCUGGAUGGAGCUCAGCAGCGGCCAUAGAGGGGCAGGGCCAGGAUUUGCAGGAGUCAGCCGAGUACCAGCCGAAGGAAGAGGGUCCCAGGGACCUAGUGGACCCAAGCCAGCAAGGCAUAGUGAGAAACCUGAGGGAGAAAUUCCAGGCCUUGAAUUCUAUAGGUUGACUCUUGAGUCCUGGGGGAGGGAGGAGUUUGGGGGAUGAGGAGGAGCCUUGACAUAUGUCCACAAGUUUGGGCUCACCCUCCUUACAGGAGCCUCACCCAGGGCUCUGGGAAAGGCUGUGGACAGCCUCCCCACCACAAGCUCACGGUGACCUUCCACAGGUCCAGAUGGGGCCCCUCUUCCCUCUGAGGCCAGUGUGGCCACUUCGCUUAUAUCCAGUUCUCUGGUGAGAAGCCAGAUAUUUAAGAUCACCUCUUCCCAGGGAGAGCAAGCCCUGCUCAGGCCCCCAGUGUCAGCUGGCCACUGCCAGACCAAGGAGCCCGCCGGGGGAGGCGUGGGAAGGUGGUCCUGGGAGGCUUUGCUCUUUAGCCAUGCCUUUUCUUAGGAUCCGGGCAGGAAUGAGAUCCGUAAUUUAUUGUUUGUGUGCGUUCGUGAGUGUGUGUUUUCCCUGUUGAUUCCCAUCCUGUGAAGAAUGUAAGGGACUCCGUUCAGGUACUUCUGUGGAUUGUUUCGCUGACCCUGUGGUUGUCGCUAAUGUAUACACAUUUCAUUAUUUGCCAAUGGUGCAAUAACCACUGCUGACCAACUGA